AUGGCGGGGACGCGAGGGGCGGCAUUGCUGCUGCUUCUGCUGUCCACUUCGGCGGCGGCGGCGGUGGUGGGCGGCGAGAAGGUCUGCGACAAAGGGUGGGAGUGCAGCGGCAGCCAGUUCUGCUGCAACGAGACCAUCGGCGACUUCUUCAAGGCGUACCAGUUCGAGGAGCUCUUCCCCAAGCGCGACUCCGAUCUCGCCCACGCCGCUCGCUUCUGGGACUACAAGGCCUUCAUCACCGCCGCCGCGCUCUUCGAGCCCCGCGGGUUCGGCACUACCGGAGGCAAGGAGAUGGGCAUGAGGGAGGUCGCCGCCUUCCUUGGCCACGUCGGCGCCAAGACAUCCUGUGGAUACAAGGAAGCGCCUGAUGGAGUUGAGUACUAUGGCCGAGGUGCUCUUCCUGUUUACUGGAACUACAACUACGGUAUCGUUGGGAAGGGUAUCAAGCAGGAUUUGUUGAACCACCCAGAGCUACUGGAACAGAAUGCCACACUUGCAUUUGAAGCAGCCAUUUGGAGGUGGAUGACUCCAAUGAAGAGGAAGCAGCCAUCUGCUCAUGAUGUGUUUGUUGGUAACUGGAAACCCACCAAGAAGGACACAUUAUCCAAGAGGUUUCCUGGCUUUGGUGCUACCAUGAACAUCCUGUAUGGUGAUGCCAUCUGUGGUAAAGGAUCCACCGAUAAGAUGAACUUCAUUAUAUCCCAUUACCAACAUUAUCUCGGCUUGAUGGGAGUUGGUCGUGAGCGCUCUGAAGAUAACUUGGAUUGUGGUGACCAGAGCUGUGGUAGGCUGGUAGCUGUUACUGAAAACUCAGAGAAGGCAAGCCGGGAAAGGGGAUGGAGCUCACCAACAUCCCCUAUAUUGCGUCGUCUUCGUCCUCCAGCAGUUUCUAUUACAGCUACAGUCGCUGUGCCUGCAGGUAGAAGAGAUGGGAAGCUGGUAAUAAAAGCUGCUGCAGCUGGUAGUAAGCUUGCUGCUGAUUCAGUAUGUUCACAACUCUUUGAGCAGGAAAUUGAAGAUUCCAUUUCAGGUUCUAGAUCUUCCUGGCGUAUAAGAAGGAGAGACUUUGCUUCUGCCAUUUUACUCCCUUUUCUGAUUCCUCGUAUUAACAUCUCUAUCGCGGCUGAGAUAUCUGAUGCUUCAAUUAUUCGAAGUGGUGUGAGGAAUGUUUUAACCAAGGCCAAGGCUGCUGGUGUGCUUCGAUUGGUUUUCCAUGAUGCAGGGACUUUCGAAAUUGGUGACAAAUCAGGUGGUAUGAAUGGCUCUAUAAUUUAUGAAGUUGACAGACCUGAAAAUACUGGGCUGAAUAGAUCCAUAAAGAUACUAAGAAAAGCAAAAGAAGGAAUUGACAACGUUCAGAAAGUGUCAUGGGCGGAUUUGAUUGUCGUGGCUGGUGCUGAGGCAGUUGCGCUCUGUGGUGGGCCUGAAAUUCCAGUAAGGCUAGGAAGAUUAGAUUCUAGCAUUGCUGAUCCAACUGGUAAACUUCCUGAAGAAACAUUGGAUGCAACUUCCUUAAAAACAUUAUUCAGCAAAAAGGGCUUUUCGGCACAGGAGAUGGUUGUUUUAUCUGGAGCACACACAAUUGGAGGUAAAGGAUUCGGGAGUCCAAUUGUUUUCGAUAACACCUAUUUCAAGGUGCUCCUUGAGAAGCCACAAACAUCUUCGACUGGCAUGGCAGCAAUGGUUGGGCUGCGCACGGACUGGGCACUCACCGAAGAUGACGAGUGCUUAAGAUGGAUCAGGGUCUAUGCAGAGGACCAAGCUAGAUUUUUCGACGACUUCAGGGAUGCAUACAUCAAGCUCGUAGACAGUGGAGCCUCGUGGAGAGCGGCUUAA